CACUGAAACUCCCUUCCAAACUCUAUAUAAACUUUACACAAAUCCCCCAAAGAAUCCCAAAUUUACUUCCAAACUCAACAACCAAGUCCACCAAACUGAUGAAAAAUUUUCCCUCCUUCAUUGCCAAAAUCCGCGCGGCUCUGUCGCCCAAAAAGCACAAGACUCUCCCUCCCCAUCCCAAAUCACUGUGCUUCUCUCCCGCUCGGCCACAAUUCGAACAAGUCUUUCGCUACUUGGACAAAGAUGGAGACGGCAAGAUCUCUGCAUCGGAGCUAUGGCGCUCCAUGGAGAGCUCCCUCGGCGAGCAGCUGUUGCAAGCCGAGGCGAUCGAGUUGGUCGCAUCAUCGGAUUCUGACGGAGAUGGAAAAUUGGGGUUUGCGGAUUUCCUGAGACUGGUUCAAGCUGAGGAGGAGGAGGAUAAAGGGAGGAGUUUGAGGGACGCGUUUGCGGCGUAUGAGAGGGAAGGAAAGGGAUUCAUCACCGCGAGGAGCUUGAGGAGGGCGCUUCGACGGCUUGGGGAGGAGAGAACUGUAGAGGACUGUAAGUGCAUGAUUAAAAGUUUUGAUCUUGAUGAAGAUGGCCGGAUUAGUUUUCAAGAGUUUGAGGUGAUGAUGCUGUGAACAGAAACACAAUUUAUUGCAGCUUUUUUGUUUAAGAUCAGAUGUUGACUGGAGGCAGAGACAGUCUCGCUCCCCACUCAGGGUGGGGGGUGGGUGUGCUGGACAGUGCUAUUAGAUGAAGAAGAAUGCCAGGAGAGGGCGCCCAACUUCUACACCCACUCCCACUCCCGCUCCCACACUCAACCUCGCCCUUACCUUGAC